UAAAGGCGUCUCGGGCAGAAGAAGAAGAGCGUGAACGGAGGAGGAGAUGUCGACGGUGUACGUGCUAGAGCCACCGACGAAGGGAAAGGUCAUUGUGAAUACAACUCAUGGCCCAAUCGACGUCGAGCUAUGGCCUAAGGAAGCACCUAAAUCCGUACGGAACUUCGUUCAACUAUGCCUCGAGGGUUACUUCGACAACACCAUCUUCCACCGUGUUAUUCCCGGUUUUCUCGUUCAAGGCGGCGAUCCCACCGGCUCCGGCACCGGUGGAGAUAGUAUAUAUGGAGGUGUCUUUGCCGAUGAGUUUCAUUCAAGACUGAGAUUUAACCACCGAGGGAUUGUAGCCAUGGCUAAUGCGAGCUCACCUAACUCUAAUGGAAGUCAGUUCUUUUUUACUUUGGAUAAGUGUGAUUGGCUUGACAAGAAGCAUACUAUCUUUGGCAAGGUGACGGGCGAUUCAAUCUACAAUCUGUUAAGGCUAGGAGAGGUUGACACCAGUAAGGAUGAUCGUCCCUUGGAUCCUGCCCCGAAAAUAUUAUCUGUUGAGGUUUUGUGGAACCCGUUCGAAGAUAUUGUUCCUAGAGUGUUAGCAAAGACAUCACAAGAAUCUGUUGCCAAAGUCAAGGAACCCCCAAAAAAGCCCGUGAAGAAGUUGAAUUUACUUUCAUUUGGAGAAGAAGCUGAGGAAGAAGAGAAGGAACUGGCUGUUGUAAAGCAAAAGAUUAAGAGCAGUCAUGACGUGUUGAAUGAUCCUCGACUUUUGAAGGCAGAAUCUACAGAUAGAGAACGGAAUGCAUCUGAGUCGAAGGAGGUAUUGUCUGUACGAGAAGCUCUGAGUACUAAGAAAGAAGCAGCUCAAAAAGAUAAAAGUUUCUCUGUAUCUGAUUCAGUUGGACAUAGUGAUGAUGACGAUGAUGAUGAAGAUGAGACUAAAUUUGAUGCGAAGAUGAGAAAUCAAGUGCUCAGCAGGAGGAAGGAGAUGGAAGAUACGCCUGCAGUACCAACUCAGAAAAAAAAGAGCUCUAGUCUGAAAAGCCGUGAAGAAUCGAAGCAAAGGUCUGAUGCCGUAAGUAGUGAAGACGAGAAACCGAGGAUGGAAAAGUUAUCCUUGAAAAAAAAAGGAAUAGGCUCAGAAGCCAAAGCCGAACAUAUGGAGAAAGGAGACACUGAUUUACAGCUUUACAACGCUUCUGAACGCGCCCGGCAGUUGCAUAAGUUGAAAAAGCGCCGACUGCAAGGAAAUGAGGAUGCUGUGUUAGCCAAACUCGAGAAGUUUAAGCAGUCCAUUUCUGCAAAACCAUUCACCUCUAGUAGUAAACCAGUAGCAUUGGCCUCAAGUAGUGAACCAGUAGACAAUAAAGAAGAAGAUCUGUCUGAUUGGAAGAAAGUAAAGCUCAAGUUUGCUCCUGGCAAGGAUAAAAUGUCACGCAGGGAUGAUCCAGAUGCGUAUGUAGUGGUCGACCCUCUUCUUGAAAAAGGAAAAGAAAAGUUCAACAGAAUGCAAGCCAAACAAAAACGAAGGGAGCGAGAAUGGUCAGGAAAAUCUCUUGACUGAGUUUGGGAAUCUUAAGCAUUCGAUUUUUUUGCUUAUGUUGUUUUCUUGAUUCUGAAGAUCCCCGUUCACUGUGAUUCUGUGAAAUUCCCUCCUGUUUACACUUAGAUACAGAAAGAGACAUGAGCUUCUAAAACAAGAGGGUCACUAGCUCCCAUGAUACAGAACUAUGUUAAUAUACUUGUUACUUGUAGGAAACUUAGAUAUGUUUUUCGCACUUUUGACUAACGUUUAUAUUGGACACUUCUUCAGUC